UCCCAACCCUACAACGUUGCAGGCAGGAGGCAUCGAUCGUCGAUUCCGCGUCACUCCCUCCCCCCUCCCUCCUCCCCUUGAUCACCGGAGGAGGCCAUGGCGGAGCAGGCGGCCGAGCGGAUCAACUCGGCGCGGGAGACGCUGGACACGCUAAUGGAGAUGUCGCGGCUGCUCAACACGGGGCUGGACGCGGAGAGCCUGGCGGUGUGCGUGAGGCUGUGCGAGCAGGGAGUGAACCCCGAGGCUCUCGCCAGCGUCAUCCGGGAAUUGCGGCGCGAAGCUGAGGCACUGCGGGCUGCGGAGAACACCGUGGGUGGGAGGCCCGGGUGAAAAUCACCGCAGCGAGAAAACCCCAGGGGGAACUUGACGGUGCCUGCUCCAUUUCACCCCCACCCGUCGACCGCGAUGAAUCCAUGACCUCUCCACACAAGACGCUGCGUGCACGUUGUGUUGCGGGUUGCUUCAAACUCCAGUCCUCGUGACCCACCACAGUUCCUUGUUCAGCGAUCUUCUCUGUUCAAAGGCAACCCGUGUCCCUUACAUGCUGCACGAGCCCAAUAAUUGCUAAACGGUAGUCACCAUGUAACGUAGAGAGCGCUUCUUAAUCGGCAUGCUUCAUAUUUUGAUAGGGCACGACCAAAGAUCCUCCGCAUAGCCUGUAAACAAACUCGUGAGGUAAGUGCUGCUCGCGAGCACUUCUGAAGACUGGCACGGCACGCGAGGAGAUGGGUGGCCGGUUCCAAGCCCGACCACUUUUACCUCCCCUGGGCUGAUAUCAUACUGCACUAGCUACUAAUUUAAGGCUGAGUCAAACUGAAGGAGGCCCAGGAUCUUUGAGAUAUAAUGUGGAACACAUGUAUACACACACUUGAGACCUGGCUCUUAUUUUGAAUGUGACGGACAUGCACACACCUCUGAUUUUGAAUUGGCAGUCUCUACAUCACGUGUGACAACAAGAACGACAACAGUCAUUACUGGCGUCACCUUGCCGCUCGUGCCGCUAUAUAAAUGCGAAGUGUGGAAGGCGUCGCUGGCAGGAAGUAACACGGGACAGACCCAGGUGUUAUUGGUUACUUGACUGAGGUGCCUUGCACCUUUGCUCCCCACGCCGCUCCCCACACCGUUCCCGACUUGUCGUGUGAUGCACAGAUCUUAAUUUGAACGGGCCCUCUUGCGCGUCCCACGGAAUGCAUUUUCUCAGUCACCGGGCUCCUUCGUGCAGCUCGUAACCUCUCGGAAUUUUGUUGCAACGGUGUGACACCGGUACACUUGCAAAGAAGUGCCGUGCUGGGUCACGGGGACUGGUAGUUUCGGGGGAAGGGGGGGUGAGGGGGGGGGAACCCUGGACUUGGUGAUUUCCAUAGCACACUUUGAGCACAGCUUGCAUAAAUCCUGCACGUUCACUCCCUUGCGCACACGGCGGUAUCAGCAGCAGCAGCUGUUCCAUGCCCGUGACAGCCUGGGAGGGAGUCGCCCACCUUUUGUCGUGCUGUUCUAGCUGGCAAUUUCCUCCCUAACAAUGUCACCCGCGAGUACGUUCCGCGAUGGGUUUUGAUGUCGCGUGUUUGUAAAUAAAAGCCCGUUUCUACUUA